AUGUCGGGAGGUUCCUUUGUCGAGGAUCAACAUGCCCCAAGGAUCCAAGCACCAUUAGGCGGCAACGGCCCUGCGCUUGAGUCUAAUAAACAUCGAGCAACACAGAGCGUUCACUCCUCCGCCGAGACGCAGCGCUCACCGUCGCAAAGUGAGGCAUCUCACGCCAACGAACAUGGCCCCCUCGAGAGGAUACCCACCGCUCGAGACGAGCUUCCAGACACCGUCCAGGUCGAACAGACGACGACCGAUGCUGGUGGCGGACCAAUCCAUUCCGUCUUCACAAAGAAUCAAAAGAUGUUUAUAGUGUUUAUGGCCUCGUGGGCUGGGUUCUUUUCGCCGGUGUCCGGCCAGAUUUAUUUCCCUGCUCUGAAUGCAUUAGCGAAAGACUUGAAUGUUUCGAAUUCAUUGAUUAACUUGACCCUGACCUCUUAUAUGAUAUUUCAAGGCCUUGCCCCUACGUUUGUUGGAGAUCUUGCUGAUGCUGCUGGUCGGCGUCCCGCAUAUGCCGUUUGUUUUACUAUAUACAUCCUCGCCAACAUUGGGCUUGCACUUCAGAACAGUUACGCGGCGCUGUUUGUCUUGCGCUGUUUCCAGAGCUCGGGCUCCAGCGCCACCAUCGCCAUGUGUAGCGCCGUUGUGUCCGACGUUGCCACCGCGGCCGAAAGAGGCAGAUAUAUGGGCUUUACCCUUGCCGGAUCCCUGCUUGGUCCAGCGAUCGGCCCCGUCGUCGGCGGUGUGCUCGCCCAAUUUCUGGGGUGGAGGGCCAUCUUCUGGUUCCUGAUGAUCAUGGGCUCUGCGUUCAUGGUGGUCUUUGCCAUUUUCUUCCCCGAGACAGCUCGUACGCAGGUCGGCAAUGGUUCAAUCCCACCUAGGGGCUGGAAUAUGUCCUUGAUGAAUUACCUGGCAAUACGCAAAGCUCGAAAGCUGCGUCCUCAGGACCAGAUGUCGUCAAAAGACGAUCGGCCCUCAAGCGAAACCCGGCGGAAAAAGAAGUUCCGUUUCCCCAAUCCGCUGCGUUCUCUACAUGUCAUCAUGGACAAGGAGAACGCACUGCUUCUUUUCUAUAACGCUUUCCUGUUUGCAGCCUUUUACGACGUGACCGCCGCCCUGCCUUCCCAACUGCAAGCAAUUUUCGGCUUCAACGAACUCCAGAUCGGCCUGUGCUUCAUUCCGUUCGGCUGUGGAUCUCUAUGUGCUGCCCUGACCAAUGGACAUCUCUUGGACCGCAACUUUGCCCGGUGGUGUAAGAAGCUUGGAGUGAAGAUCCGCAAGGGAAGAAAUCAGGACCUCAGCAAUUUCCCGAUCGAGAAGGUGAGGCUGCAGAUUGCCAUCCCUGCGGCUUAUGUCACGUCAAUGCUAGUCCUGGCGUUUGGCUGGAUUCUGCAGGUCAAUGGCCCUCUUCCAGCACUCCUCGUGGUCCUCUUCUUCACCAGCUUCAGCAUGUCUAUUGCGUUCAACGUCACGAGCACCCUCUUGGUUGAUUUUUAUCCAAGAGCCCCUGCCACGGCCACGGCAGCAAACAACCUGGUCAGGUGCGGGUUAGGAGCAGGGACCACGGCGGCUGUGAUCCCCAUGAUCGAUGCGUGGGGACGAGGCUGGACAUUUACCUUUUUGACUUUUUUUCUCGUUGCGACGUCACCGAUGCUGUGGAUGGUGUAUUUCUGGGGUAUGAAAUGGAGAACAGAGAGGAGAGAGCGGGAGACAAGGGCGAGGCAGCUGAAGGAGGCGAAGCUGAACCGGGAAAGCUCUGGUGAGCAUGGGUGUGUGACGGAGGAUAGCGAGAAGCCUCCCGUCGGAGGAGGCACUGUCGAGAUGGUUGCGGUGGCCGAGAAGGAUCAAGAGAGAGGACGCGGGGGCUACCACGAUCCGCCCAAGGACAUGUCCCGGGUUCGGGGUGAAGACGAGGAACAGGAUCUUGACGAAGUUACGGGUCGGGAAGGGCAGGAUGUAACGUUGUCGAGAUCGUUCUCUUAUGAGUCUGGGUACUAA